CCGAGUGCCCAGGGCCACGAUGGAGCGUGACGGCUACGCGGGGAUUGGGAACCGCGGCGGCGAGGGCGGGCGCGGCUCCCGGGAGGCCCCUGCGGGGACCGGCCGCCACCCGGGCCGUGGCUCUGCAGCCGAGGCGCCCGGGGAGCCGCAGGCGGCCUCGUCCCUGCUGGCCCCCAUGGACCUGGGGGAGGAGCCGCUGGAGAAGGCGGUGCGCGCCCGCACGGCCAAGGACCCCAACACCUAUAAAGUGCUCUCGCUGGUAUUGUCAGUCUGUGUGUUAACGACAAUCCUUGGUUGUAUCUUUGGGUUGAAACCAAGCUGUGCCAAAGAAGUUAAAAGUUGCAAAGGUCGCUGUUUUGAGAGAACGUUUGGGAACUGUCGCUGUGAUGUUGCCUGUGUUGACCUUGGAAACUGCUGUCUAGAUUACCAGGAGACAUGUAUAGAACCAGAACGGAUAUGGACUUGCAGCAAAUUCAGGUGUGGUGAGAAAAGGUUGUCCCGAAGCCUCUGCUCCUGUUCGGAUGACUGCAAGGACAAGGGUGACUGCUGCAUCAACCAUGGCUCCAUGUGCCGAGGUGAGAAAAGUUGGGCAGAAGAAACAUGUGAGAGCAUUAAUGAUCCACAGUGUCCAGCAGGGUUUGAAAUGCCUCCUACCCUCUUAUUUUCUUUGGAUGGUUUCAGGGCAGAAUAUUUACACACUUGGGGUGGACUUCUUCCUGUUAUUAGCAAGCUGAAAACCUGUGGAACAUAUGCUAAAAACAUGAGACCAGUAUAUCCAACAAAAACUUUCCCCAAUCACUACAGCAUUGUCACAGGACUUUAUCCAGAAUCCCAUGGCCUCAUUGACAAUAAAAUGUAUGAUCCCCAAAGGAAUGCUUACUUUGCACUUAAAAGUAAAGAGAAAUUUAAUCCUGAGUGGUACAAAGGAGAACCAAUUUGGCUUACAGCUAAAUAUCAAGGCCUGAAGACGGGCACAUUUUUUUGGCCAGGAUCAGAUGUGAAAAUUAAUGGAAUUUUCCCAGACAUCUAUAAGAUGUAUAAUGGUUCAGUACCAUUUGAAGAAAGAAUUUUAGCUGUUCUUAAGUGGCUGCAGCUUCCUAAAGAUGAAAGACCACACUUUUACACUCUGUAUUUAGAAGAACCAGAUUCUUCAGGUCACUCUUAUGGACCAGUCAGCAGUGAAGUCAUCAGAGCUUUGCAGAGGGUUGACAACAUGGUUGGCAUGCUGAUGGAUGGUCUAAAAGAGUUGAACUUGCAUAGAUGUUUGAACCUCAUCCUUAUCUCAGAUCAUGGCAUGGAACAAGGCAGUUGUAAGAAAUAUGUGUAUCUGAGUAAAUAUCUGGGGGAUAUUAAAAAUGUUAAAGUUAUAUAUGGACCUGCAGCUCGAUUGAGACCCUCUGAUGUACCAGAUAAAUACUAUUCAUUUAAUUAUGAAGGCAUUGCCAAAAAUCUUACUUGCCAGGAACCAAACCAGCACUUCAAACCUUACCUGAAACAUUUCUUACCCAAGCGUUUGCACUUUGCCAAAAGUGACAGGAUUGAGCCCUUGACAUUCUAUUUGGACCCUCAGUGGCAACUUGCAUUGAAUCCUUCAGAAAGGAAAUAUUGUGGAGGUGGAUUUCACGGCUCUGACAAUGCAUUUUCAAAUAUGCAAGCCCUCUUUAUUGGCUACGGACCUGGAUUCAAGCAUGGCAUUGAAGUUGACUCCUUUGAAAAUAUUGAAGUCUAUAACUUAAUGUGUGAUUUACUGAAUUUGACACCAGCUCCUAAUAAUGGAACUCAUGGAAGCCUCAAUCACCUUCUAAAGAAUCCUGUUUAUACCCCAAAGCAUCCCAAAGAAUUCCGCUCCUUGGUACAGUGCCCCUUCACAAGAGCCCCCAGGGAGAGCCUUGAUUGCUCGUGUGAUCCCUCGAUUUUGCCAAUUGUGGAUUUUCAGACACAGUUGAAUCUGACAAUGGCAGAAGAGAAGGCCAUUAAGCGUGGCACUGUACCUUAUGGAAGACCCAGAGUUCUCUGGAAGAACAGCACUGUCUGUCUGCUUUACCAGCACCAGUUUGUGAGUGAUUACAGCCAUGACAUCCUGAUGCCCCUUUGGACAGCCUACACCAUCGACAGAAAUGAUAGUUUCUCUACAGAAGACUUUUCCAAUUGUCUUUACCAGGAUGUCCGAAUUCCUCUUAGACCUGUCCAUAAAUGUUCGUUUUAUAAAAACAACACUAAACUGAGUUAUGGGUUCCUUUCUCCACCACAAUUAAAUAAAGGUUCAAGUCAAGUAUAUUCUGAAGCAUUGCUUACUACUAAUAUAGUGCCCAUGUACCAGAGUUUUCAAGUUAUAUGGCACUACUUUCAUGGCACCCUACUGCAAAGGUAUGCUGAAGAAAGAAAUGGUCUCAAUGUUGUCAGUGGUCCCGUCUUUGAUUUUGAUUAUGACGGACAUUAUGAUUCCUUGGAGACUCUGAAACAAAACAGCAGAAUCAUCCGUAAUCAAGAAAUUCUGAUUCCAACUCACUUCUUCACUGUGCUAACAAGUUGUAAAGAUACAUCUCAGACUCCCUCACAGUGUGAAAAUCUAGAUACCUUGGCUUUCAUUUUGCCUCACAGGACUGAUAACAGUGAGAGCUGUGCUCAUGGGAGGCAUGAAUCCUCAUGGGUUGAAGAGUUGUUGAGGCGACACAGAGCUCGAAUCACAGAUGUUGAACACAUCACUGGACUCAGCUUCUAUCAAGAAAGAAAAGAGCCAAUUUCAGACAUUUUAAAGUUGAAAACACAUUUGCCAACCUUUAACCAAGAAGGCUGAUGUUUUUUAUUCCAAGACCACGCCGUAAAUCUUUUUGAAAGAACCUUCUGUUUUAUACAUCCUCUAUUUACACUAUUGCAUUGUUCGGAGACUGUUGACCAGAGUUAGAACUGGGAAUCCUCUUGUGAUACACAACCGUCUCAGGGAAACUUGUGGCCUCCGCAUAACAGUAGGAAAGUGUUCCUACUGAGUCACGCACGUGUCUGAAUGUGUAAGAGUUGUUCAGAUUUGGGAAUAAAGACAGACCAUACCUAAGACUGCUCUGCUACUUCUCUUAAGGGCAGAAGGUAGCUGUGAACAUUCUCUGGACACCAGAUGUUUGAAUCUUACUAUCAUUAAUAAACUUCUCUGAUGCUGGCAAACACUACACUAAUGAGUAGGAUUGGAAUAGGCCAUGUUUCGUUCGUUUCUUCACAAGAAUUUAAAAGUGAUUCUGGAUUCUUUUUAACUUGGAGUUUAUUUUAAUUUUAAUCAUAAAAGUUAAUGGAAGCAAAAAUAUUUGAGGCCCUAUUUCUCUCUUUUCUGUACAGCCCCUCAAAAGCCAAGGUAUGUAAUCCUGUGUUAUUUUUUAACUGUGACUGGACUUCUUCAGAUUUAGUGAUUCUUUCAAGUUAAACUUUGAGGGAAGACCUGUAUUGAGUACAUCUUUUUAUAAAAUUUUACU